GAAAAGAAUGAUGGAAGUAGCCAGUGAGAACACCAAGCUGUGCCAUGAGUUAGCUUCACUCAAAGCAAGCGGCGUUGCAACGACGCAAGGUCAUACAUCCGGCACGGUCCAAUCAUAACACCCUCGCAUCAAAAUCGCCGAACCUUCACACUACUCGGGCAAAGGAAGUCUGGAGGACUGGCUCCAACAACUCAGCAUAUGGAUGCGAUGGAACGAGAUCAACGAUGAUGAGCAUAAGAUUACCAUGGCCCUGCUGCACCUAGAAGGAGGUGCUUUCACAUAUAUGUCCGAAUACGCAACAAAGGCAGCAGCAUGGCAGGCACUUGGUACUUGGGAAGACUUCGUCGACAUGCUCAAGGUGAACUACAGGACACUCGACCCAGACAAGGACGCGCAACAACACUUGAAGGAGAUCUGCGCGAAGACCUACCCUACAAUGGUCUCCUUCGCAGAACAAUUCUGUCAAUGGGCCACUAAGACCAACUUAGGGCACACUGCGCUCAUCGGUUACAUCGCGGAACAUUGUAGCAAGGACGUACGACAGGCAAUGGUCACUUGA